AUGACCAUAAAGUCGAACACUCGAUCAAGUUCCGAAUCAAGCACGUCUACAAGCGAGUCUAAAACCACGCUAUCAACGGAAUCAUCCAGCGAUGAAUCUUGCUCUCGGGGAUCCUGGAACACUGCGAACAACUCAGACGGGCUUGAGGACGAUCGACGUGUGAAUGAUGACGAUUUCCCUAGUUCAGCACGGAGACGAAUCAACCCUAUCCUCAAACUGAGGUUUGAUAAUCGGGGAAAGGAGAGCCAACAAAGACCAAGACUUCUGUUUCGGGCUUUCGACACCGAACACGGACUGCAUGCUCGCUUCUUUCAAGACUGGCCCUCUUCAAAACCUCUACCGUCACCUCCUCCAUAUGGUAGCGACAAAUUUGGAAAGCUAGCUUACCGACAUCUUGUCCAAGAUAGAGCAUUUCCAUCGCCCUUCUUGUCAGUUACUGAAAGUCCUAGACGGGCAUUGGAGGUCCACCUCGCUAAUACUUCAGGACAUCGGUCUUUGGCGAUUUUGGACUAUAAUGUACUCGAAGAAGAGUUAAAGAAGCUAUACGGUUCAGAUGCUGGACCUUGGCUCGUCCCUGAAGUUACAAAAAGAUACGAAUUCACGGACCUGGCGAAGAUUGAUGAUGAUCGGUCUGGUACACUCAUCGAGGGAGAUGGUUAUACAGGUAGAGGCGAAUUCCUCAUCUGGGCCUCUGUACCCUGUGAUGCUAUCGCUGUACUGUCUUACGAGGAAGCCCUCCAGGUAUAUCAUGUCCUCGGUACACUCAAAAGGUCGAAAUCAGCCAUUGAUGACUUCUCUGGUUCACUGAUUGGCAAAUGUCUAAGGGGCAUCCCACCUGUGUACAAAGCAGUGGUGGGACGUAAACUUGUUCAUGCGUUUGAGAUUUCUGGUUAUAAAAAGGGUCGUCAUUCAAUCUGUCUUGAGAGAUUUAUGGAGGGAGUUGAGGCAGGCUCGUCAGAUAGCGCCUCAACCGAGGGAGAAGACAAGGCCGGAUUCGACACUGAGAGUGUUCAACCUCAAGAACAAACCGCUCAACUGGAUAAUUUCAUUAGGGAGCUUGAGAUGUAUGCGACGAUUCCAACACCAACUCCACCUCGUAUUUUGAAUCAGGAACAACAACCCACAAACCCAGAGCCGGCACCUACAAAUCUACCUCGACAGAGUCCGACGGUAUAUCAGCGCUCAGCAAAUGUGAUCGACUUGACUUCGGAGGGCUCCCACAGCUGCCAUGAAUCAAAAACCACACAUCCUGAGUCAGCAAAGACGAAGAAACUCCAGACGAGCCGCGUAAUGACGGAAACAAGAACAAUCAUAACCUCGACAGUUGACAGAAAACAAUCCGAUUUUCGUCGCAACAGCAUCACCGAAGACGACGAUGAAGUCCAGAUUAUUGCAGAAAGUAACAGCCGACGCCAGUAUGCCCGCACCAGAACUGAAACUACAGUUAUCACAAUUCGCAGUCGGAGUGUGAGUGAGGAGUGA